CUUGGAUUUAUUGCAGGAGUCUAUCAUCCUCAUCCGAAGACAACUCUACAACCGGUCCACAGCAUCUACCAGCAGACGCACUCCAACAGUGAACGCUCCCUUGGAUUAUAUUGAUAAUUUGUAGCCACGGACUUCAACGUUAUAGCCAAGACUAACGGGUGGAAGGAUCAACUGCAUUCACAGAAGUAACAUGGUCUUAACACACCACAUAUAACUAAUCCCAGUAGCACUCCUUCUGAAGUCAACCAGAGCUACGACGGUCGAGUGGCAGGAAGAAUUACCCAGAAGUUUACCAAAGACCAGGAACCCUUACCUCAAAACCAAGAAUUGAGAACGAGCAAAUCAAAUUGGUCUACACUAGCUCGUAAAGCGAUAUUGAGUUUACUUUGUUUUAAUUUACUAAAUUAUGACCUCUAGUAGUGUUGCUUACUCUGGCGAGUAUUGAAAAGACUUACAACCUGAUCAUUCGCAAGUUUCUACUAAACAUGAAAUGGCAAGUAAGGAAAUGAAAGAACUCCGUGAAAAAUACACCAAGGAGACGAUAGAAGAUCAUCAAAUGGCUGUGACUGGUGGGACUGAAACUGAUUUACUACGAUGUGGAAAGUGUAAACAGACAAAGUGUACAUAUAAUCAGGUCCAAACGCGUAGCGCUGAUGAACCAAUGACAACGUUUGUUUAUUGUAACAAUUGUGGACAUCGAUGGAAGUUUUGUUAA